AUGCAUAGAGAAGACGGGUUAGGGAAUCAAGGGUUUCUAGCCGAACUAGAAUUGCUUACUAGAUGUGAGAAUCCCAACAUACUCCGUCUUCUUGGAUAUUGUGUUAAUGGUCCUGAAAGGAUUCUUGUGUAUGAGCAUGCUUCUAACGGAAGUCUGGAUGAUUAUCUCAAUAGCCCAGACAAGAUGAUUAAUCUUACGUGGGAACAACGUUUAAAGAUGUGCGUCGGUAUUGCAAACGGAUUAAAUUACCUCCAUAAGACAGAGGGAGACAAAAAUGUUAUAAUACACCGUGAUAUAAAGAGCGAUAACAUUCUUUUGGAUGAGAAUUUGGAGGUCAAGAUCGCUGAUUUCGGGCUUUCUAUAUUCCACCCUACAAAUCACCCGGAAAGCACUAUAUAUACAAAGAAUUUUGCAGGCACAAAUGUGUAUGCAGAUCCAGAAUACAUGAAGAUGGGUAAGCUGAAAGUAGAAUCCGAUAUAUACUCUUUCGGAGUAGUUUUAUUUGAAAUUCUAUGUGGAAAGUUGGCAUAUGAUUCAUUUUACACCAACCAAUAUGAGAAGGGGCUUGCACCAGUGGCACGAAAACACUUUCGAAAGGGAACAAUAAUGGAAAUGGUUGAUGGGAACUUAAUGAAUGAAGCUCAUGAACUCAGUUCUACACUAAGGAUAGGACCAGAUCAACGUUCUUUGGACGCAUUUUGCAAAGUCGCUCACGAAUGUUUAGCAGAAACUCAAGUUAGUCGUCCAAAAAUGAAAGUCAUCGAUGAAGAACUUAAGAAAGCAUUACAGUUUCAAAACAUUUCUUUUGUUCCUUCCCUUGUGAAUACACGUGACUUUGGUUAUGUGUUUGUUCCUCCCAAGUUUGAGCCCAAAGAUUUUGGGUCUUGGAAGGAAAGAAUGCUUCUUCACAUUGUAGGGGUGGAACCUUACCUAAUGACCAUCUUAACUGUUGGUCCCUACGUACCCACUUAUGUCCAAAGAACUCCAGGAGCCACACUUGAAGCUCCUGAGAUUGUGACUGAUCUGGUAAACCAGAGGUCCAAUGGACUGAUGAUGAGCGGAGACUGGUAA